UUUUUAAAAAUUUGGCAUCAACCCCAUUUUUUCAAACCGGCUUACCCACAAUGCUUUGUCCCUCAACGAAUUUCAGUCAAGUUUAGUUUUCGGCGCCAUUUUCGACUGGGUCCGAGGUUAAACCAUGCCUGCCAAAACGAAGUCUUCUACAGCAAAGCAAAGCGCAAAACUGGGUCCGGGGGGAACUGAGCCCCUGGAUGAGUUUGACAACGAAAUGGAUAUCCAACAAAAGGCAACUGCAUCAAAUGUAGAUGAAACUACAAGAGAAUUACCAGUUGAACCAAUAGAUAAUCGAAGCUUGGAAGAAAUUUUGGCUGGCAUAUCUCCUCCUCCACCCCCAGCAAUGACUAAUGAACCCGGAGCUCCUCGACUCAUGAUAACUCACAUAGUGAACCAGAAUUUCAAGUCAUAUGCAGGAGAACAAAUCCUGGGUCCUUUUCACAAGAGGUUUUCUUGUAUUAUUGGACCAAAUGGGAGUGGGAAAUCAAAUGUGAUUGACUCAAUGCUAUUUGUUUUUGGCUACCGGGCCCAAAAAAUUCGUUCCAAAAAGUUGUCUGUACUCAUUCACAAUUCUGAUGAGCAUAAAGAUAUUCAGAGCUGUACUGUGGAAGUUCAUUUUCAAAAAAUCAUUGAUAAGGAGGGUGAUGAUUUUGAAGUUAUUCCAAAUAGCAACUUCUGUGUUUCGAGAACUGCAUACAAGGACAAUUCAUCGACUUACCAUAUUAAUGGCAAGAAAUCAACGUUUAAAGAUGUGGGAGUGUUGCUUCGUAGCCAUGGAAUUGAUCUGGAUCACAACAGAUUUUUGAUUCUUCAGGGUGAGGUGGAGCAAAUUGCUAUGAUGAAGCCAAAAGGCCAAAAUGAACACAGUGAGGGUAUGUUAGAAUAUCUUGAAGACAUUAUUGGGUCAGAACGGUUGAAAGAACCAAUACAGAUUCUUUGUCGCAGAGUUGAGAUUUUGAAUGAACAGAGAGGAGAAAAGCUUAAUAGGGUUAAAAUGGUGGAAAAAGAAAAGGAUGCGUUGGAAGGAGAAAGAAAUCAUGCAAUUGAGUUUCUGAUCUUGAAAAAUGAGAUUGUAAAGAACAGGAAUUGUGUCUUGCAAUAUUACAUUCAUGAUGUGCAGAAAAGGAUAGCUGAUCUGGGAGCACAAAAGCAAAAAAUCCAUGAAGAUACUCAAGAUACACGUGACAGAAGUGCCAAACUUGUGGAAGACAUAAAAAUAAAAAAUAAUGAUUUGAAACACCUUGAAAAAAAACUAGGGAAAAUUACAAAGUUUAUUGAAGAGAAGAAGGAAGAGUUUGCACAGUUUGAUUUGCAAGAUGUCAAAGUCCGAGAAAAGCUCAAACAUUCAAAGAGUAAAGAAAAAAAACUGCAGAAGCAACUACAAAAAGACAUAGAGAAGCUGGAAGAGUUGAAGAAUAUACCAGGUGAUAGUGAAGAUACCAUCAGAGAUGCAACAGCUAGAAGAGAAGAGCUCGAACAGAAUAAAGUAAAGGAAGAAGAGAAGCUGAGAAAAGUAAUGGACAGUCUCAAACAGGAGACUAAGGGAUUGCAAGAAGAUAAAGAGAUGAAAGAGGAGGAGCUCAUGGAGUUGAGUAAAGCAGUAAAUGAGAGUAGAUCAAAGAUGGAUGUAGCUCAGUCAGAACUAGAUAUCUACCUAAGUCACCACAAAUCUGCUUUGGACCAACUCAACCAGGCUAAAGAAGCCCUGGCUACUAAUAUUAAUACACUUAAAGAAAGAAAGGCAACAAUUAAAGACGUGGAAACCAAAAUACCACAGUGUGAGCAAGAACUGCAAAAGGAUGAAAAGGAACUUGAAAAAGUAAUCCAGUCUGAAGCUCAAAUCAGAAAUAAUGUUUACGAACUACGACAAAAGGUUGAAGAAGCAAAGAGUUCCCUUACAGUAAAUCGCAGCCGGGGUAGAGUUUUGGAGGCAGUCAUGCAACAGAAGAAUACGGAUAAAAUUCCUGGAAUCUAUGGAAGACUAGGUGAUUUGGGUGCUAUUGAGGAAAAGUAUGAUGUUGCCAUUUCCUCCAGUUGUGGUGCCCUGGAUAACAUUGUUGUGGACACAAUUGAUACUGCUCAAGAAUGUGUUAAAUUUCUGAAGAAACAAAAUAUUGGAGUAGCAACUUUUAUUUGCUUAGAUAAGAUGAAAGUUUGGGAGAGAAACAUGGGCAGGAUCCAAACUCCAGAAAAAGUUCCCCGUCUCUUUGAUAUGGUCAAAAUAAAGGAUGAGGCUAUCCGUCCUGCAUUUUACUUUGCACUUCGUGACACACUUGUUGCUAAGGAUCUAGAACAGGCAACACGUGUCGCAUUCCAGAAGGACAAGCGCUGGAGAGUGGUGACCAUUGAGGGACAGAUAAUAGAGCAAUCAGGUACCAUGACUGGUGGUGGAGGAAGAGUUAUGAAGGGUAGGAUGGGAUCUUCAUUAGUUGCUGAAAUUACUCCAGAAGAGAUGGACAAGAUGGAGAAUAAAUUGCAGAAGGAUUUAGCAGUGGCUCAAAAAUACCAAGAUCAGAAAAGUCAUUUGGAAGAAAAGGUAGUUAAGGAGCGGCAGAGCAUCCGUGAGAUGAAAAAUACGUGGGAAAAGUACACAGCAAGCAUUCAGGGUCUGACUGAGCAGCAAGUUCAUUUGGCAAUUCAAGUAAAGGACUUUGAAGUAAAUGUGGCAACAGCAGCUCCUGAUCAGAACAAACAGAAAGAGCUGCAGAAAACACUGGAAGCUUUUAAAAAAGACUAUGAAAAAGCUGCAUCAAGGGCUGGUAAAGUCGAGACAGAGGUUAAACGAUUGCACACCCUUAUCAUUGACAUCAACAGUAAAAAGCUGAAAACCCAACAGGAUAAACUCGACCAACUUAACAAACAAAUUGAUGAUUGCACCUCAUCCAUUACAAAGGCCCAAGUUGCUAUUAAAACGGCAGAAAGGAACUUUAAGAAGGCAGAAGAAGCUGUGAAUCGAGCUAAAGGAGAAAUUGAAGAGAACAAAAGGGAGGUUGAAGAUCUAACAAAAGAAUUGAAGCAAGUGGAGGAAAAGGGUGCUGUUGUGCUGAAGGAAUGCAGUGAAGCUCAGGAAUCCUUAGUAACUGUGACUGAAGAACAUAACCGUUUACUUCAAACGCUAAAAGAAAUUCAGGAAGAACAACAGGCACUUCAGAAGGAAACGCUCAAUAUACGACUAAAAUUGGAACAGAUAGAUGGGCACAUUGCAGAACACCAAUCGAAAAUCAAAUUCUGGCAGAGAGAGGUAUCAAAACUCUCUUUACAUCCUAUUGAUAAACCAGCAGCUGAACUUCCAAAAUUGAGUGAGGAAGAUCUUCAAGAAAUCAAAAAUCCAGAUGUAAUAAAUAAUCAGAUUGCACUACUAGAGGCUAAAUGUCUAGAAAUGAAGCCAAACUUGGGUUCUAUUGAAGAAUAUAAGAAGAAAGAAGAGCUAUAUCUACGCCGUGUGGCAGAGCUGGAUGAAAUUACUAACGAAAGGGAUAAGUUUAGACGUGCCUUUGAAGAUCUGAGGAAGCAACGUCUUAAUGAAUUUAUGGCUGGCUUUAAUAUGAUCACGAAUAAACUGAAGGAGAAUUACCAAAUGCUUACACUGGGUGGAGAUGCUGAGUUGGAGUUGGUGGACAGUCUAGAUCCGUUCUCUGAAGGAAUUAUGUUCAGUGUACGUCCGCCGAAGAAAAGUUGGAAAAAAAUUUUCAAUAUUUCUGGUGGAGAGAAGACUCUUAGUUCUCUGGCUCUGGUUUUUGCACUUCACCAUUAUAAGCCUACUCCUUUAUAUUUUAUGGAUGAGAUUGAUGCGGCACUGGAUUUCAGAAAUGUUUCAAUUGUUGCUCAUUAUAUCUAUGAACAGACCAAAAAUGCUCAGUUCAUCAUUAUUUCCUUGAGAAACAAUAUGUUCGAAAUUGCUGACAGGCUGGUUGGAAUCUACAAGACAAACAAUACAACAAAGAGUGUUGCAACCAACCCUAAAGUCAUUAGUCUUCAAGCACUUCCUGAAGUAACCAGUACAGCUUGAGGCCAGUUGAAACGCUAUCAAUUUUUUUUAAAUGGACUGGCUUUAUUUUAAAGAAAUCUCUUUUUUACGUUUCUGCAUUCUUUUAUGCUACUAUCUUUAUGGAGUUCACUCCAGUAUUGUGUUAGUGUAAACUCUCUAACAUGGGCAUCAAAUUUAGAUUCUAAAUUCUUGUGAUUUUAUUCCUAAUGCAUAAACUAUGUACUAUUAGAUUUUCUUAAUAUUCUGAUACAGUGUAUAUAUUUUGUAUGUGUGCGGAAUAAAUACUGUUUUAAUGUACUAUAGCUGAUUACUUUUUAAUAUCAAAACUGUUAAAGCAUUUCAUCACAUGAUUGUAAGCUGUUGAGAUUUACACCUAUAAAUGAUAAAGUUGCCAAACAAGUA